AUGGUUGAAGUACCCAUCCCCACCACAUGCGCAGACGACGAAGUGCUUGUACAAAUCAGUCAUGUCUCACUGAAUUCGGCAAUAGCGUAUCGGCUCAUUGCAUAUUAUGGCGUCCUUGAUCCUGUGGGCGCACUCAUAAGUAGACCUUGUGUGCCCGAAAUAGACUUUAGUGGAAUCGUCUGUGAUUUACGAGGCACAAAGGUAAAAGACUUUAAUACCGGUGAUCGAGUGUUUGGAAUUGGCCCUAUAGGAUUUCGGAAUGUUGGACACGGGGUGCUACGUGAGUAUAUUCUCGCCAAGCACGAUCAUAUGACCAAAGUACCUGAUAAUAUCUCGCUAAAGGAUGCCGCAUGCUUUCCGGCCACAGGUUACACAGCAUAUUGCUUUUUAGUUGAAAAAGCCAAAUUGAAGAAGGGAGACAGGGUGUUCAUCAAUGGUGGAUCGGGAGCCGUGGGUGUAAUGGCAAUUCAACUAGCACGCACAAUUGUCGGAUCCACGGGCCUGGUAGUGGCAACAUGUUCUCCAGCAAAGACCGAUAUUAUUCGAAAUCUGGGCGCAGAUGAGGAGCAUUAUAGUUCACGUCCGUUUGAUGUCAUUCUGGAUACUGUAGGGAAUGAUCACGCACUCUACUCCAACUCGCCCGCUUACUUGACUCCUGCAGGUUUGUUCUGUACUAUUGGCAUGGUUGAAAUUGGCUCCACGGUAUGGUCGGCCACCAAGAGACUCCUACAACUGUUGAGCGCGAUGAUUGUGCCUGUAUAUCUUGGAGGCGUACCUCGCAGACACAUAUUCGAGCCCCUCAACAUAGUUCAUUCGCGAUUCGUUGCUAUGGCACAGUUAGUUGAAGAAGGAGCCUUCAAAGCUGUAAUUGACUCUACGUACAAAUUCACGGAUGCGCUCGAUGCCUAUGAUAGAGUGAUGUCUCGUAAAGUAACGGGGAAAGUGGUUAUUGAGGUCAAUGACCUCGAGUGA